AUGCCGCUGCCUUACCGCUUUAGAGCUGCCUCUUUGGAUGGGGGUGUUCGAGCUCUGCGAAACGCUGUGGACCUGGUGGUUGCUUUGCUAAACUGGCUGCAUCUUGGACGACCGCAUCGUGCUCCCGCCGAGCUUUGUCAACCUGCUCCUCUUCGAGGAGAACAACGGGCGGCAGUCAGACGACUGGAGGCCAUGCUGAGUGAAGUUGUCAGUCACCCGGCAGUGGUUGCUGCUGACAUGGGCCGAGUUGCUGCGAAGAUCGAGGGCCUGGAGAAGAUGGUCGCUGCGCUACAAAAACAAGGAGCCGCCCUGGCCGCCAACCAUCAUGGAUACCAUGACGGCCCCGGCUGCGUUCCUCGCUUCGACCCCGUGGAGCUUGACUUUGGCGAGUCCGUGGCGGGCGGUUCGAAAAUCAGCACCGUAGCUCAGCCGGUUGUUGCCAGCCGGAUUGACUUUGGCGGCGCUGCAGCUUUCGACCCGGUGGAGUUCCUGGACGCUGACUGCGCGGACCACUACCUGCACCCCUUCGACUUUGCGAUUGCUGAGCAGGACGCGGAGGUCGACCCUCCACGAGCCCGUGUUUUGGCUUCUCCGGCCGAGCGCGGGAGGCUACUGGCCAAACUGGACCAAAGCGGGCGGCUCCGACUUCGUCCUUCUCAGCUCUGCCGAGAACGUCAUGUUAACGGGAUGUUUUGCGUGCCAAAAAGCCUGGAGAAAGAUCGCCUGAUCCUUGAUGCCAGAGGCCCGAACGGUCUCGAGCUUGGGCGGACUGCGUGGACAAGAAGCAUGGCAAAUGCCGUCUCGCUGUUUGGGACGAUCCUAGCCCCUGAGGAGGUCCUGGUGUUCAGCGGGACGGACCUACGCGAUUAUUAUUACCAAUACCGCGUCUCUGACCAGCGCAUCGUGCGGAACGCCUUGGCGCUCGAGAUCCCUGAGGGCGAGGCCCGGAUGUACACGUGCUUCGAGGAGGAGUUUGCUGGGCUUGGUCCGUUUAGGGCUUGUUUCGCUUCGAUGGCCAUGGGCGACCUGAACUCCGUUGAGUUUGGCCAGUGCGCUCACCUGUCCCUGGUCCUGAAUGCUGGCUGCGUUUUGGAGCAUGAGCUGCUGACGAUGAAGAGCCAGCCGUCUCGCUCAAAGAUCCAGGGUGGGGUAGUGAUCGACGACCUCGUCAUCGCCGAACGUAUGCCGCGGAGCGAGUUCGAGCAGGGUGCCCAUGGCAAGUCAGAAGGGGCCAGACGGCUCCAGUUCGCUGAGCGCAAGUACGAGGAGGUGCGGCUGCCCCAGAACCUGAGGAAAACGUUCAGGGAACAACUUCGAGCCGAAUUCUGGGGCGCUGCCGUUGACGGAGAUGAGGGAACAAGCCGGCCUACUGUGUCGAGGCUUCUGCCUGUGUUGUCCCUCACCGCCGCAGUCGCAAAGCUUGGCUAUGGUACCCGCUACCUUCUCGAGGUCAUCGCGGGCUUCUUCAUUUCGGUGUUCCAGUUCAGACGGAGAUGCAUGGCUUUGCUGGAGGAGGUCUUUAGGGCUCCCAGGGACAUCGGCGAGCAUGUCACCUUUCGGUUCUGGCCGCGGCUAGUCGCCGAGCUUUGGAGCUUGGUCGUCAUCGCGCCCAUUGUUCGCUGGAACUUCCGGACUCGGACCUGCGCCGAAGUCUCCGCCACUGACGCCUCCGACGAGUGGGAAGCCGAAGUCGUCACUGAGGUUCCAAAGGAGAUGGCCGAUGAGCUUUGGAGGCACGUCUUGCGGAAACCGGUUUGGACUCGCUUGCUUCGACGAGACUUGGCUGCCCUUCGAGAAGCCGGUCUCCUUGAACCUGCUGAGGAACUUCCUGGCGAAGAGGAGCUGCCUUACCACUUCCUGUGGCGCGACAUCUUCUGUUGUCUUAGGUUCCGGUCGAGCUGGCGCCAGAAGAUCAAGAGAAAGAGGCACAUCAAUGUCCAUGAACUCCGAGCCAUCCUCAUUAGUGAGUCUCGGCGCGGACGUCGACUUCCAGGUGCUCGCCUGCUGACGGGCGCCGACAGCCAAGUCUCAUUAGGUUGCCUGCUGAAGGGGAGGUCAGCGUCACCUCGACUCAACGGAGUUUUGCGGGCUUCUUUGCCGGACCUCUUGGCUUUGGACAUCUUCGGUGCCUAUAUGUACAUCGCCAGCGAGAAUAACCCAUCAGAUGAUGGGACAAGGGACCGCAGGAUCAGAGAGCCCAGCUACGACAUGCCCUUCUACCUGGGUGAGUUGCUCCGUGGCAAUACCGGGCCGCUCGAUGACGAACUGCUGUCCCAAGAACUCGACUUUGUCUCCUUGCUCGGGUUGCCCCCUCUGACCAGCAUCCGCCGGGCGUUGGGUCCAGAAACUGCUCUGUGCCGCCGUGACCGCCGGAGAAAAUGGAUGCUGGAAAAAAGGACACGACCUCGUCAUCAAGGGCGACCGCCUUCGACUGAUUCGCCAAGAAGUUCCUCUGCUUCUUCGAUUUUGUGCACGCCACGAGGGGCUCUUGCGCGAUGCAAGUCAGACCCCCUGACGCCUAGCCCCCUAAAAAGGGGGGUCCCGCCUGAGACGGGCGCCAAGAAGUUUGCCGCAGCCGCUGCCGUCAACAAGGAUGAGAAGUUGCGCUCGUUAGAGCGGGCCUCCGCUGUGCCCGACUCAGUAAGUUCUUGGGCUGACAUCAAAUGCCUGCUGCUGACCUUCGACCGCGAGCAGUUUAUCUUGCCGAAAGGCUGCAAGACACCUCUGGACGAGAUGCUGAGCGCUUCGGGGUUUCUAGACCUCUUUUCGGGAAGCCUCGGAGUCGCUCGUGCUGCUGCCAACGCUUCCGGGCUUUGGGUCUUGAGCUUUGAUUUGUGCCGGGGCGCUGAGGAGAACCUCUUGCAUCGUCCGCUCCAAGAACGUAUUUUGACCCUCAUCAAAGCCGGAGCUUUUCGGGGACUGGGCGGUGGUCCAGACGGGAACGCCCUGUCCGAGUUCAUGUGCGAUGCUGUCGAGGCCGGGCUCGAGCGAGGCAUCCCAGCUUGGGCCGAGAAUCCGCAUGGCAGCUACCUGUGGCACACCCCUCGCUGGAAAGCCCUGCUGGCUAAGCACGGACAGGCCGGGAUGAGGGAGCUUAGCUUGUCUGCACGUAAGUCCUUGAGUAGUCAUGCCAUGGUUUUCUGUGUGCUGGUUCGAGCCUACGGAGACUGGCUGUUCCAACAAGGUGAGCCACUGUACAAGUUCCGCCACCUGAUGGCGUACUUGCAAAAGAGCCGGUUUGAUCUCAAGCCCUUCUUGUCUUUUGGCUGGGACCUUGUCAGUCGCUGGGAAAGAGUCGUGCCGGUUGUUCACAGAGUGCCCAUCCCCGAGGCAAUUGUGCGAGCUAUGUUUAGCUUGGGCCUGCUCCGCCACUGGUUUCGAUGGUGCUCUGUUUUGGCCUUGGCCUUCUACGGAUUGGGACGAGCUGGAGAACCGUUGCGGGCCAAGAGACGGGACUUGCUGUUGCCUUCAGACUCCCUGAGCGACAUCAGUGCCGGUUGCUACUUGGCAGUGCGGUCGCCCAAGACAGCAUUUCGAGGCUCAGGAAAAGUGCAGCACCUUUGUGUGAAGGAGACCACGAUAGUUCGUUUUCUCGAAGCUGCCCUCGGACCCCUGGUAGCGGAUGAAGAGCUCUACCCUGGUUCCUCAGGAGCUUUCCGAAGACGAUGGGAUGAGCUGCUCUGCUGCUUGGGGAUACCGCGGUCGGCCAAGCUGCUACCUGGUGGCUUGCGAGGUGGGGGAGCCGUCAGAGAGUACAAAGCUGGUUCUGAAAUCAGUUCCCUCUUGUGGCGGAUGCGGAUACGCCAUAUUACAACGUUGGAGAGUUAUCUGCAAGAAGUGUCAGCAGUGUCAGUUGUACCAGCCCUUCCUUCAGAGAGUCGGCGUAGCGUUGCUGCUGCUAGCGCGCUCCUUGAGGUGAUUCUUGCCAGUUUGUUUGCCAAGCGGGACCUUGCUACCAACAGCUGA